UUCAGGUAUCAGUUCCUCCAAGCCCGCACAAGAUAACACUUCCAACAGCCCUGGCUGCAAGAUGAAGCUGGUCCUUCUCUUCGCUCUGGUGGCGGCCGCCUCAGCCUCUUUCUACGGAGGCAGCUACUACUACCCGGGGGCCUUCUCUUCCAGCUACUACCGCAGGUACUACUUCCCCAACUACUACUACAGCAGGGGCUUCUAUGGAGGUAACAGGUUCCUCGGAGGCGGAAUCUUCGGCAACGGAUUCGGCGGCGCCUAUGGAAACGGAUUCUAUGGAAACGGAUUCCUAGGAAACCGCUUCUUCGGAGGCGGAUACGGUAACCGUUUCCUCGGUGGAGGAUUCUACGGCAACGGACUCUACGGUAACCGCUUCUUUGGUAACGGACUGUUCGGCAACCGUUUCUAUGGUAACGGACUGUUCGGCAACCGUUUCUAUGGUAACGGACUGUUCGGUAACCGCUUCCUUGGCAACCGCUUUGGAUACGGAAUCUACUAGACGUCUUCAUGACUAAGUUGGCACUGCGUGUUACCAAUGUAUUCGAAUGUGACAGCUUUUCAAGAGCUGUAACCGGAUUUUCCAUGAAAUAUCUGUAAGAAUAGCUGCGUGAGUGUGUGCUUGUAUGUGUGUUACGACACUGUCCAGUAUUUGUGUGGUUGCUGCUGAGAAGCAUGAAUAUAUUUUCGAAGCUGC